AUGACGACAUUUUACUUGGCGACCUUCAACGUCCUCGGUAACCAGGACAACAAGUCCGGCCACAUCAACGGUGAGCUCAAGACUAAGUACGUUGACUACAAGAAUGGUUUGACCGUCACCGAGACUUGGACCACCGGCAACCUCCUUACCACCCAGAUCGAGCUCGAGAACAAGGUCGCCAAGGGAUUGAAGUUGGACAUCACCGGAGGCUUCCUUCCCUCCGAGGGCAAGAAGAGCGCGAAGGUUGGUGUUCAAUACAAGCAGCUCGGCUUCAACUCCCGUGCCUAUGUCGAUCUCUUCAAAGGCCCCACCUUCACCGGUGAUGCUGUUGUUGGCCGCGAUGGUUUCUUGGUCGGAGGCGAUGUCGCCUACGACGUUGGUGGUGCUUACAUCACCCGCUUCGCUGCUGCUGCCGGCUACACCGCCCCCGAGUACUCGGUCGCCCUCCACGCCCACAACUCAUUCAAGGUCUUCUCUGCCUCGUAUUACCACCGUAUUAACGCUGACCUCGAGGCUGGUGCCAAGGCCGUUUGGGACUCCAAGGCCCACCCCACCCCUGCUAAGGCGCCCGUCCACCUCGAGGUUGGUGCCAAGCUCUACCUUGACCGUGAUGCCUUUGUCAAGGCUAAGGUCAACAACGCCGGCGUCCUCGGUCUUGGCUACACCCAGGCCCUCCGCAAGGGCGUCAAGGUCUCGGUCGGUGGUCUCUUUGACACCACCAAGUUGGACCAGGCUGCUCAUAAGAUCGGUCUCUCCUUUGUUUUUGAGGCAUAA